AUGAGAGAAAGUGCGCUGCAACUAGCAACUAGCUUUUCACCCAUAAAGACAAACGUACAGAAUAAGGUAUACACAGGAGCUUCAAACAUCUUUGUAAGUGUCCGUCUUUUGGGAGCGUUGUUAGAGAUUCUUUUACAGUCUGUAGAGCUAGCCAAACGAAGCAAAACUAUAGCAGGGCACUAA